CGGCCCGGGAUGCUGAGCCAGCCGCUUCUUCGCCUAGCGUCCGCCGUGAGCCGCAGGAGGAUGAAGCUGCUGCUGGGCAUCGCGCUGCUCGCCUACGUGGCCUCUGUUUGGGGCAACUUGGUUAACAUGAGUGUUCUGCUCAACAGGUCCAUCCAGGAAAACGGGGAGCUGAGAAUUGAGAGCAGGAUUGAAGAGAUCAUUGAACCACUAAGGGAGAAAAUCAGAGAUUUGGAAAAGAGCUUCACCCAGAAAUACCCGCCAGUAAAAUUUUUAUCAGAAAAGGACCGUAAAAGAAUUUUGGUAACCGGGGGUGCAGGCUUUGUGGGUUCCCACCUCACAGACAAACUCAUGAUGGAUGGUCACGAAGUGACCGUGGUGGACAACUUCUUCACCGGCAGAAAGAGGAACGUGGAGCACUGGAUCGGCCACGAGAACUUCGAGCUGAUCAACCACGACGUGGUGGAGCCACUGUACAUCGAGGUGGACCAGAUCUACCACCUGGCCUCUCCUGCCUCGCCUCCCAACUACAUGUACAAUCCCAUCAAGACAUUGAAGACCAACACCAUCGGAACACUAAACAUGCUGGGGCUGGCAAAGCGAGUUGGGGCCCGUCUACUCCUGGCCUCCACCUCAGAGGUGUACGGAGACCCUGAAGUCCACCCACAAACCGAGGAUUACUGGGGCCACGUGAAUCCCAUAGGACCCCGAGCCUGCUAUGAUGAAGGGAAGCGAGUCGCCGAGACCAUGUGCUAUGCCUACAUGAAGCAGGAGGGUGUGGAGGUGCGCGUGGCCAGGAUCUUCAACACCUUCGGUCCCCGAAUGCACAUGAACGAUGGCCGGGUGGUCAGCAACUUCAUCCUGCAGGCGCUGCAGGGGGAGCCGCUCACGGUGUACGGAUCCGGAUCGCAGACGAGGGCCUUCCAGUACGUCAGCGACCUGGUGAAUGGCCUUGUGGCACUCAUGAACAGCAAUGUCAGCAGCCCCGUCAACCUGGGGAACCCGGAAGAACACACCAUCCUAGAAUUUGCUCAGCUCAUCAAAAACCUCGUUGGUAGUGGGAGUGAAAUUCAGUUCCUUUCUGAAGCCCAGGAUGACCCCCAGAAAAGGAAACCAGACAUCAAGAAAGCAAAGCUGAUGCUGGGGUGGGAGCCAGUGGUCCCGCUGGAGGAAGGGUUAAACAAAGCCAUCCACUACUUCCGGAAAGAACUCGAGUACCAGGCAAAUAACCAGUACAUCCCCAAACCAAAGCCAGCAAGGAUAAAAAAAGGACGGACACGCCAUAACUGAAAACCUCGCCUUUCGGGACCGUAGAUGCCCUAUUUCACACUUGACAGGAUGUAUUUUUUUUUUUUUUAAAAGAAAGACUAACUAAAACAGGUGUCAUGAAGAAAAAAACUGGAAUUCAUACUGAAGCUUGCUUUAAGAAAUGGAUGUGCCUAAAAACUCCCCUAAAAAAAACUGCAGAUUUUGCCUUGCACUUUUUAAAAUCUUUUUAUGUAAAAUAGCGUCGAUGCAUCUCUGCAUAUUUUCGAGUUUUUUAUCUUGCUGUGAGAGCCUAUGUCGUGACUGUCGUUGACAGUUUUAUUUACUGGUUUCUUUGUGAAGCUGAAAAGGAACAUUAAAUGAGGUGAAAAUGCCAAUUUAUUUAUGAAGUGGGUACUUAUAAACGAGACGUUAUUCUAUGCAUAGAGGAGAAAGAACAGACCAGCAGUAAUGUCAGCUGGGUGGCAUACUGCAUUAAUUCUCAGGCAGAAAAAAGAAUUCUGCUCGAGAGCUUUGUGAUGUUUCUUCUAAUGCAGAAUUUUUCCAAGGUCCAGUUUUUAGUUGCAAACUUGACUUUGAAAUGUUUCUGUUGGUUAUCACGAUCAAGGAUAUUUGAAAUCACUACUGUGUCGUGCUGCAUAUGGGGUUGGGGUGGGUGGGACAAAAUUAAUAUUCUUGGUUAACAGUGGUUAAAUAUGCUAUUUUAAUAAAAUAUUGAAACUCA